AUGGUAGCCAGCCUGGGCGUGCUGGCCGGCUACCGUCAGGUCUUCCGCCAGGCCCUGCUGUGGGUCUCACCCUUCCAUGCGGUGAGGUGCAGCAGCAGCCCCCUGGGUGUGCAUGUCCUGGUCACCUUUGGCACCAGCUUCGACUGUGCCAGCCAGGUGGAGCUGGAGCAGGUGCUGAGCCUGGGUGUGGCCCCCUUGCACACCAUCUACGCCAACCUCAAGCCCAUCUCCCACAUCCAGUAUGCCACCCACCAAGGGGUGCAGCUCCUGGUCUUUGACAGUGAAGGGGAGCUAAUCAAGGUCCCAGAACCCGGGACCAGGCUGGUCUCCGGCUGCGGAUCCCGGGCAGCAGAAGCAUCUUCCCCUCUGAGGACCAAGUCUGGGGCCAGCCUGGAGGUGUGUGAACAUCUGCUCAAGUCUGCCAGAGACCCGGGCUGCCAGUGGUGGGAACCAGGAGGUCACUGGGAGCUGGUGUACUGUCUCAACAAGGGCCACUUUUGUGCCUUCCGUGUCUUCCUCAGGGAGUCUGAACCCAAGAUGCCCAUUGUGCUGAAGGAGCUCUGCCCUGAGCCACCCCUCUUCUCCUGCACCCUCUACAGCUCCAUAUGUGGUGUCUCUGGUGGGCUCUUCUUGGAGGAGAUGCAGCUGCCCGAGCAGGACGUGGGUGACUGGCUGGUCUUCCCCUUGGGUGCCUACACGUCCACCAUGAUCUCUGCCUUCAGUGGCUUCCCUCCUUCCUUCAUCUACUAUGCCAAGGAACCUGAGUUCAAGUGUCUGGGGGAGGGGGAGGAGGAGGGGGCUGGGUAG